AUGUCGUGGCGCAACCAAGGCAUCACCGGUUCGAACAACAUCCCGCUCGGCAACCGCCGACGAUUCGGCGGCGAUGAUGAAGCGGGAGGCUACAACCCUUCUGCACCGGCGGAAGGCUUGUCUGAGCUGAAGCGUGGGCGCAGCCCGGAGCGAGCGGCCGACGGUCCCAGACAGCGCAAAAAGCGCAACCGAUGGGGAGAUGCCAGCGAGAACAAGGCUGCUGGUCUGAUGGGCUUGCCCACUGCCAUCUACUCAGCCAUGACCACAGAGCAGCUUGAUGCCUACACCCUGCACUUGCGCAUUGAAGAGAUCACACAGAAGCUGAAGAUUAACGAUGUUGUACCGGCGGACGGUGACAGAUCUCCAUCACCGCCUCCUCAGUACGACAACUUCGGUCGCCGUGUCAACACGCGCGAGUUCCGCUACCGCAAACGCCUCGAAGACGAACGCCACAAGCUUGUUGAGAAGGCGAUGAAGACGCUUCCUAACUACCACCCGCCCGCCGAUUACAGGAGGCCUACUAAGACACAGGAGAAGGUCUAUGUGCCAGUCAAUGACUAUCCGGAGAUUAACUUCAUUGGUUUACUUAUUGGACCUCGUGGAAACACCCUCAAGAAGAUGGAGUCUGAGUCCGGCGCGAAGAUCGCGAUUCGUGGCAAAGGCUCUGUCAAGGAGGGUAAAGGACGAUCUGACGCAGCUCAUACCAGCAAUCAGGAGGAGGACCUGCACUGCUUGAUCAUGGCAGACACCGAAGAGAAGGUCAACAAGGCCAAGAAGCUCAUUCACAACGUCAUUGAGACUGCCGCCUCUAUUCCCGAAGGACAGAACGAACUCAAACGCAACCAGCUCCGUGAGCUUGCCGCCCUUAACGGUACUCUUCGUGACGACGAGAACCAAGCUUGCCAGAACUGUGGUGAGAUCGGUCACCGCAAGUACGACUGCCCCCAGAAGCAGAACUUUACUGCAAGCAUUAUUUGCCGUGUCUGUGGUCAGGCUGGACACAUGGCUCGUGAUUGUCCCGAUCGCAAGGUUGGACAGCCGUGGCGCAACGACAACCGCUUCGGUGGCGACCGGCCCCAGGCCCGCAUUGGAGAUGCUCCCGAGAACGAGCUGGACGCUUUCUUGUCCGAAAUGGGUGGUGGCGGCGGCGGACAGCCCCGUGGAGCUAUCGAAUACAACGGCGGUGGUGCUGGCGGCGACAGCUAUGGAGGUGGCGAGCGCAACCUCAAGCCUUGGGAGCGCGGCCCGACUGGCGGUGCUGCACCCUGGGCGCGCAGCGACAGCCGUGGCGAACGUGGCGACAGCAAUGCAGCUGCUCCUCCUCCCUGGGCUGGUGGUGGUGCUGGCGCCGGUGCCGGUGGCUCGUACGAUCAGAGCGGCGGGUAUGGAAACGGUGCCGCACCGUGGGCCGCUGCCGCUCCAGCUGCUGGAGCCUCUUACGGCUAUGGAAACUACGGAGCUGGCUACGACCAGAGCGCUGCAGCAACAGGCUACGGUGCCCCAGGCUAUAGUGCUCCCGGUUACGGCGCUCCUGCGGCUGCUGCCGGUCCUCCUCCUGGUCUGGGCCCUCUGUUCCAGUCUUAUGGAUCUGCUGGAAGCCCGCCUCCUCCACCUCCACCGCCCUCUGGCUCUGUACCCCCGCCACCUCCGGGCGAUGUUCCUCCCCCGCCUCCGCCUAGCGAUGUCCCUCCUCCACCUCCACCUCCGGCGUGA